GGAAGUGUAUUCUUCCGCUGCCUAAACUUUUUGUCUCGGCACAGUGAAGCUGUCCGCUGUGGCACGGGCUGCUUCACUGUGUGAAGUGAAGGACGAGAAGACAGAAACGAUUAAAAAUCGAAGAGUCUGGGAAUUUGUCUACCCACGGAGCCAUUCUGCAAAGGAGCUUUUAUAAUACAGGUAAGUGUUAGUGGGGCACAUUUCAAGACCCUUUUAUAUUCUUAUUCUUUUGGAUUAAUGUACCAUGUUCACUGCUUUUUUAAAGUAUUUUGUGUAUUAUUCUUCACACCUCUGGACAAUUUAGAGUCACCAGUUAGCCUAAUCUGCAUGUUUUUAUGCCGAGGGAAAAUAUGCAGGCACGUUGAGUGCUUGCUUCAGAAAAGCCUUGGCCAGAAGAUUCGGACGCUGAACCUUCUUGCUGUGAGGUGACAGUGCUAACUGGUCUACUGUGCUGCACAGGCCCUUAAUACUGAGUCUGGGAAUUUGUCCACUCAAGGAGUGACACUGCAAAGGAGUUUUUAUAAUACAGCAUUUAACCGAAGUUACAUGCUAACCGAAGCUGUCAUGGCUGGUGGAGUCGAAAUGAAGAAUGAAGAGGAGAUUCUGACUCCCAACAUAAAGCAAACUCAUCUCAAGGAGGGAAACGUGGAUGACAGAGGAACAGCCAGAGAUGAGCAAAUCAAGAAAGACCAGCAAAGACCGUGCAAGCCUUAUCCAUUUGGAAAAUACCAUGAUUCACAUAGGUACAUUAUAAACAACAUUCUUGAUAUUAUAGAGUCAGGUCCCUUAGACAUGAUUGAACCCUGCCAUGAGUAUAAAGCUUUUAUUAAUACAAAACCUGAAACUGAAAUGGUCAAGUUCUGUCCUGAGGUUAUUCGCAUUGCAGCUGCCUGCAUGAAUAGCCGCACCAACAGCACUAUACAUUUUGGAAUAGGGGACGCACCAGACUUCAUUCAUGGUCAAGUGCUGGGAGUGAAAGUUCGGGAUAAAGAGGCUUUUGCACAAGCAUUGAAUUCUGCCAUUGCUAAAUAUUUUGAGCCCAAACAGAGACCGGCUGCUCAUUUUUGCAUCAAACCUCCUCGAUUUGUUGAGGUUCUCGAUAAGAAUAUGACAUCAUCUAACAAAUAUGUGAUAGAAGUAGACAUAAUUCCCAACUCUAUAAUCUGUGAAGAAAACAUCUACCACACUUACCGGCUUCCCAAAAAAGCCAAGAAAAAAGCAAAAAUUGAAACAAAUUCAAAACAAUUCUUUGUCCGAGAUGGUGGAAGCAGUAGGGAUCUCCUCGCACCAACUACAUCUGCAAAACCUAUGCAGGAGUACAACAAGUUUGUUGAUGGGAUGAAGCAACGAUCACAGCUCCGAAAACAAGCUGAGGAGAAGAGCCUCGCUGUGGCUAAGAGCAAUUGUCAAGGCACUGCAUUAAUUAAAAUGAUAACUGGUGGAUCCCCCUCUUUAGAUGCUUCAUGCUUUGACCGAUAUGUGAUAGUAACGAACAAAUCACAUUCAAGCCAGUUUGAAUCACUAGGAUUUCUUGUAGAACUCAACCCAACAGCUGUUUUGGACUUUGAUCCAGAAUCAGCUAAACAUGGAUUACAGUGUCACUUCAAACAGCACAGUGCAGUAAAUUUACCAGCACAGUAUAAAAUCACAGGACAAAUUAAGGACACUGUAAACACAUCGGAAUUAGGUCCAAAGAUUAGCUGGAUAUUCUGUAAUGGGGGUGUUCAGGAUGAGCCACCUUCAGACAUGGACCAGUGGUUGAUGGACAAGGGAGCCUCCAUUCAAGAUCUGAUUUAUUUCUUGUGUCACAAAGAUGUGGUUCUGAACAAGAGAUUCCUUGUCAUUUUCUUACUUUUGUCGUGCAUGAAUGAGGAGAUUGAUCCACUUGUUGAGACUUUCUGUAAAUUCCAGAAGGAGCUUGGUGACAAAGGUCAAAUCCUUUGUAUAUGUGACAGUGAAAAGGCAUUUACCUCCUGGAAAGACCUAAUUGAUGCUCGGUGCGAAAUCAACAUUUCUGAUAGAUGUAUAUAUGAUCUCAGUUUUGCUGAAGUCAAUGGCACUAUCCUUAGUCUUUUCUCCAAAAAUCGUAAAUCCAGUCGUUUCCUAACUGGUGGUGGAGGAAGCAGAGUGCUUCUGAAGACAGAAGUGGAGCACAGCCUGAGUACCUUAGAGGUCCUGUGCGUGAACCAGUGUGAAGGAGGAGAUGAGGAUAAAACUGUCAUAGACCAGAACUUCUACAGAGGAGGAAAAGUGUCAUGGUGGAAUUUUUAUUUCUCCGAGCAGCUAGGAUUCUCAAACGUUGUCAAACGAAAUAAAGUUUUCUUUAUUGAGGAAAACGUCGCACAUGUUUUGCACUCCCAGAAAAAAGCCUGUGUGUUAUUCAACCUCAUCCAUGUACCUGGAUGUGGUGGGACAACAUUGGCCAUGCACACUUUAUGGAAUCUCCGCCAUAAAUUCCGUUGCGCUGUCCUUAAAGACAAAAACGCAAACUUUUCUGAAGUCGCUGAUCAAGUGGUCAAACUUUUAAUGUGUGGCCAUGAGGAAAAAUUACUGCAGGUCCCAGUUUUGCUGAUGAUAGAUGACUUUGAUGACAUGCAACAAGUAUCUGACUUGCAGCAGCUCAUUGACAGAGAAUGCACAAAGAACGACAUUAAGUCAGCAAAGGUAAUCCUUCUGAACUGCAUGAGAUCAUGGUCCUGUGAGUUCCUUAACAGACCUAGAGACACUCUGUUCCUUGAAAAUAACCUGUCCGAAGAGGAGAAGAAACAGUUUUCACUUAAAGAAACUGUUGAAACCUUCUAUGAUUUCAUGAUCAGAAAGAAUAACUUAAAGCCAGAGUAUGUUCAGGGUGUAGUCCACAACACUCUGAGGAGUUUCAGCAGCAGCCAGAAAAAUGCCCAACUCCUGGCUGUUUUAACCAUUUUGAAUGUGCACCAUAAGGAUGUCUUUCUCCCCGUGUCUCUGUGCCAGGAAUUUCUCGGUCUACAACCUGACACUGACACAGUCCAAGAAGAGUUUGGGAAGCUUUCAGAUUUGAUUUGCCAUACCACAGUUAAGAGUGAGUUGGGGCACAGGGCUGUGAAAAUGAUCUAUCCACAUUUUGCGAGGUGCUGUUACCAGGAACUUACAACAACUCAUAAAAUGACAGAAGCUGACUUUAUCAACCUACUACAGAAGACAGUUGAGCUUAUUAGCACAGAGGGAAAAGGAAAAUAUUUGCAAGAUGUGUUCCACCGUUCAGUGGAGAUCCUAGCAAAGGGGAAACUCUCUGUUUGGUCUGAUUCAAGAACUGAAGGUGAAAUUGCAAGGCUGGAAGAGAAAGAACUUGUGAAUGCAUCAAAAAGGCUUGAGAAGGAGAUUUAACAAUUUCAGAGCGAGGCAAAUUAGUACUCAUUUUGUUUUCUCUGAAAUUUAUACUUACAAUUUUAUUAAUUUUAUAAUUUUUUGAAUUUAACAAUUCUCUUUGGUGUUGGGCCACUGGGUGACAACAGCAUUUUUGGGGUAGCCAUGUUUAUUAAUGACCCAUUAGUCCCCUGAUAGGUUUAGAUGGCUCUUUCCCAACAGGGGAUUUUGCCAUUUAAAUGUUUAGUGCGGCCACAAACGUGGGUAGAGCAGUUGUCUCGGGAGCACAUCCCUGGCUGCAGAGGGUUGCUGGUUUUCCAGCUGCUUAUCUGUUCCAGUGGGUUUCAGUGCAUAAGUACCCCCCACAUGUAGUGGCACGAAGAUAAGGGUUUGGUUUAGUUGAGUUAGUUAGUCUUAAGUCAGUUAGAUAGGGCUGGGGAGGGUCCCUAUUUUUGUGGUGGCUGUCCCUUUCCUUGUAUUGUACUCAGUGGUGCCAGCACUAAUGUCUUUUUUUUUUUUUUUUUAAUAAAUGGCAUGUAGUGAUGAUAAUUAUGUGCAGGAUGUCUAGUUACAUAAUUAUCCAUGAUACAUUCCAGCUUCUUUGUUUGUCUUUGUUUAUUUUUAUUGCAUUAGUGUGAAUAAUAAAUGUAUGUGACUAAAAGUGAA